AUGGAUGAGGAAUUCAAGGUGGUUUUUCACCAUAGAGGUAAAUUCAUAAGUGAUGGGAAGUUGCAGUAUGAAUAUGGGGAAAGUACUAGGUUAUCGUUCGACCUAGACAUAUGGAGCUACUUUGUUGUUUUAAGCGUGAUAAAAAGGCUCGGGUAUGUUGGAGAAAAUAAAUUAUGGUUCUCAGUUGGAGGUUCUUCAGUAUUGGAUGAUAGAUUGCAGCUUCUGUGUGAUGACAGUGGUGCGUUGCAUAUGUUUAAUAUCGCAAGACUGAAUGGUGAAGUUCAUUUAUUUGUGGAACACUCAUUGUUUGAACCCCAAGUCAUUGAAAUGCUGGAGUAUUAUCCGGAUGAACCUGACACACAGGAGGAGGGUGAACCUCAAGUUGAGAAUCAGAGUGUUCCUGUUGUAGUAGAUGGUAUUGAAUGUGAAGCUGAAGGUGAGGGUGAGAUCAGGGAUGAUGGAGUUCAGUGUGAAGUUGAAGGUGAUGGUGAGAUGAGGGAGGAUGGAGUUCAGCGUGAAGUUGAAGGUGAUGGUGAAUUAAGGGAUGUUGAAGUGAACUGUGAAGCUGAAGCUGAGGGUGAGAUGAGGGAGGAUGGAGUUCAAAAGAAAUUUCCAGCCAAAAGUUCAAGACGUCUUAUGUGGAGAGCAGCUGCAGCCACACACCCACAAGCAUGGGAAUGGGAGAUGAGGAAUAUAAAAGAUGUGAAUGAAGAUGCAUUUAAGCAUCUGAUUGCAAUCCCACCCACAUAUUGGUCCAGAUCAAGAUUUACCACAAAGGCUCAAUCUGAUACCUUGGUAAACAAUAUGUCUGAGGCCUUCAAUAGUGUAUUGCUACAUACAAGGACUAAGCUUGUGAUAAGCAUGUUGGAGGAUAUUCGGGUAUACUUGAUGAGAAGGUGGGCAAAAAACAGAAUGAAGAUACAAUCAAUAUCAGGAUCUAUUUGUCCUAGAAUUAUGAGCAGAUUUGAGAAGGAGUCAGAAUUAACAAAGUAUUGGAUUCCUAGCUGGUUAGCAGAGAAAUUAUUUGAAGUUAGGCACAUCUCGCAAUUAGGGGAGAUGUUUGUUGUCAAUAUAGACGAACAAUCGUGCACAUACAGAAAAUGGAGUAUAAGUGGUAUUCCCUGCUGCCAUUCACUGUCUGCAAUGAAGUUUCUAAACCUCAAUGGAGAAGACUUCAUCCCAGCAGUCUUUAGGAAGUCCACUUAUGAAGAGAUAUACACUUCCAUAAUAUUUCCUAUCAAUGGCCAAACUUUAUGGGAGACAACUCCAUACCCUGAUGUCUUACCCCCCUCGAAGAAAAUUUUACCAGGCAGAUCGAAGAAAAAAAGAAGAUUAGAGCAAUGGGAGAUCAGAAGAGAUGAAAUAAGACUGAGAAAAGGUGGUUUACAUAAAACAUGUCGUAUCUGUAAGCAAAUUGGGCACAAUAGAAGGGCUUGUCCUAAAGCAAUUGAAAUUCAUCUGGCUCAAUUAAGGGAAGCCCAACAGCAACGUCCAACUGAAGGAUCCCAGCAGCCAACACCUACUGAUGCAUCUGAACAGCAAACUCAACCAUCCCACCACCUACCUCCGCCCCAACCAUCCCACCAGCCAACUCCAACUCAACCAUCCCAACAGCCAUCUCCACCUCUGCCAUCCCAGCAGCCAACUCCAACUCAACCAUCCCACCAGCCACCUCAACCAUCCCACCAACCACCUCCACCUCAAUCAUCCCAACAGCCAACUCUAACUCAACCAUCCCAUCCCCAUUACGAGGUGCAUUAA